AUGACAUGCAAGUUAAAACAAGUGACUUGUAUUUACUAUGCUCAUUGUAUGCGCAAUAAGGUUAUAAUUCACUUUUGCUUUGUGGUACAAAUUUUCACGAAGUGUGAGCGUCUUUUACUUUACCUCUAUUGCCAUGAACUUGGAAUUGAAUUUCAGGAACCUGUUCCAGCUUCAAUACCUAAUUAUUACAAAAUAAUUAAGAAACCAAUGGACAUGUCAACAGUGAAAAAGAAGCUCCAGAAAAAACAUUCACAACACUAUCUGACACCAGAAGACUUUGUUGCUGAUGUCCGGCUAAUUUUUAGGAACUGUGAAAAAUUUAAUGAAAUGAUGAAACUUAUUCAGCUUUAUGCAGAAAAACAAGACACAUAUGAGGCUGGAUCUGAAGUUGCACAAGCAGGCAAAGCAGUAGCCAUGUAUUUUGAAGACAAACUUUGCGAAAUCUACCUAAACAGAACCUUCCCACCUUUACCUCAGUCUGAACCAGAAGAAGAGGAGGAAGAGGAGGAAGAUGGCGAAGUUACAGAAGAUUCUGAUGAGGAUUUUGUACAGCCACGCAGAAAACGUCUAAAAUCUGAGGAAAAGCCAGUGCACAUAAAAUAACCUGAUUAUAUGGAUCUGUACAAAUUUAAAUAAGAAACAUUUAUUUAUGUGUUCCUGGAACAUAAUGCCUACAGUGGUCAUCUUCUUUUGAAGAAGCUUGGUCGCCUUUAGACAGUAUUAAACUUUCAGUGCUUUGUACAGAAAAAGAAAAGAUUGUUCUGUCGCUAAAGAACGUUUUGCCCUUCUAUUGUAAAUUACAUUUUUUCUUUCUUUUUAAAAUCCUGUGAACUGCGUUUUUCCUACUGAAGAGGACCUAUAAGCUAAAUCCUUUUUUGUCCCAUUUAGUGCUGUGUGAACAUUGUGAUAGGAAAGGUACAGUUUGGAUUGGCUUAGGUGCUGCAUGUUGUACAGGCAACAAAAGUGAACCUGUUAACUUUGGCUUUAUUUCGUACCACAAAACUGGACCAGUUACUGCAUCUCUGCCAUCUACUGACACUGGACUACAUUCAGGUUUGGAAUAGACAUCACAGUCAGAAGAAGACCAUUUUGAAUUGAGCAUGAAUUUCACUUGUUUCUCAUCUUUUCGGUUUGUUCAGAGUUUUGGUUGCUAUUAAAUUUUCGUUACUAUAUACUAUAACGUUGAAAUUCUUUUAUUGUUUAAUAGCUGUCCCAAAGGAAAAAAAUGAACUUUUUUGUCAGUCAUUGCUAAACUUUGUAACUUAUUGACAUGAAAUAUAUAUAUAUAUAAACACAAAGGGAGUAUGGCUUUUUUAAAUUAUGAUCUUUAGGUAACAAUGACUGAUAGAGGCCCUUGAAAGUAUUCUACUUUGUGCAGAGGGUUAGCGUCUGAAAAUUCUAGCCACAAGAACUGCCCGAAGACUCUGAACAUUGAUCAGUUAACUCAGUCUUCCAUUUAGUCUACUACAACUGGUCACAGACAGGUGUGUGCAGAUAAUGCAUUCCACUCUAUGUAAUAUAGCAGACUUGUACUUUAUUUUGUACGACACCAUUAUGUUAGCCAGUAGAUGUCUUUGCUGGUACCAUAGUAUGCAAUAAUUUUAUUUUCUUGUAUAGACUUAUAAACUGUAGAAUGAAGUUUUUGCUCUAGAUAUUAACUUGUAUGACUGAAUCCUUUUCAGGGGUAUUCGUGUCUUUUAAUGAGUUUUAUUGUUUUGUUUUUUUUUUUUUCUGUAUGGAUGAUUACCUUAUUUAAAUGUCAGAGUGAUAGUGGUUUCCGAUGUUGACAAAGUGGUACAAAGUCCAUGUUAAAAUGGUGAGAGAAAUGUCUUAAAAAUUUUGCUCCUACAGUUUCAUGGUGUUAAUAGCAACUUCUGCUGCCGUGAACAAUAACAUGCUUUAUUUAAUUCUUUGUAUUUUUAACCACACAUAUUGCAUUUGCACUCCAUUUCUAAAUUGUUUGAAGAGACUUUAAAUUUAUUGAAUUGGUGGUAGUAAUCAGCACUGUCAUCCCACUUGCCCUACUUCAAAUGUUGGUCUCAGUUUAGAAUUUUGUAUGUCGGGAUUAUUUUGCAUUCAUUGUGCUGUGCUGUAUGCUGGGUCAAGCUUACAUCUCAUUUUUGUGCUGUCUCUGAAAUCCUCAGGCUCGUAUCCAAGGCAGCUGAAUUCAGAGCCAAGGUUUAAUGUAGCUUUUGCAAGCAGUGUGUAGAAUUUUGUUGAUCCUGUUGUUCAUUUGAAGUUAAACUGUUUUCUGGGACUGCACUUUAUGAUAAGAGGACUACAGGAUGACAAGACUGCAGAACAGAGCUUUUAAUAAGUGUGUGUGACCUGUAAAGUUUGUCAUUCGUUGCAGUAAUUUAUCUCUGAUCAUACCUUUGGGAUUAUAUGAUUUCCCUUUCCAUUAAAUGUUGAUUUGAGAGUUAGCUAGUUCACUGUAGUAUAGACUUUGAAUUUAUUAAUAGUAAAUUUACAAGUUCUGCAUAUUAACUCCAGGUUGUGACCACUACUUCCCAAUUACCUUUGCUUGCUAAUGAUGACCUUUAAAACAUUUGUUAAAAAGUCAGAACAAUAUUUGAAAAUCUGAUAAGUAGCCAUGCUUCAUUGACAGUGUUGUAGGUUGUCACUUUUCUAGAAGCUUUUACUUCUUGAAUAGGAAGGGCUGCAUGGUGUUUUAUGCCAUGCAGACACUGUAUGCUACAUGACAGUUUUGUAUUUUUUUUUUCAUUUUAUGUAUUACACUGACAUUCUUCCCUUCACUUCAUUACACUUAAUCAUCAACUUUCUUAUUAAACUGACCAUUUUCUUUGUAAAUUGAUACUGUCUUCUCUAAGUAAGAUUUAAUGUGGUGGAUGUUUUUCAGAUAAGGCUGUCUUGUUCACAGAAGCAUUCAAGCUUUAAUAAUAUAUUUUUAAGUCUGUCCGAUAUUAGAGAAAUUUGAAAAUGUUUGAUUAGAGGUGCCCAUGUUAAAUAAUUGACGUUCAUGCAAGUUACCGAGAAAUUCCACCAAGGUAGAAUUUCAGUUGUAAAUAGAUUCCCACAGUUAUAGUAAAAAAAAUAUUUAAAAGGGCUGACUUGUCAUUUUACCAUUUUUUUUUCCUUUCAAAAAUUGUAUUUUGCACUUUUGGGAUGAAAAUAGAUGGCUGUCAUCUUCAGGAAUGUUUUUAGGUUUGCCUAUUAACUGUGGUAGCUUGUAAAUUAUUUUCUAUCUUAAGUUAUUUAUGUAGCAUACUUUAAGGACUGGCUUUAUCAUUUUCAGAUUUGUUAAUGACGAUAUGGUAAUAUGCUAGUUACCAUAAUUGUGCAGUAACUGUUCUUAUUACACUAUACAACAUCUGGUUCCUGAGUUCAUAAUAAGUUUACCAAAGUUGUCCAGCCUGCCUUAGAAGGAAGGGUAAAGUAUGGAUUUGCACAAGCGUCAUGUGUCAUCUGUGGAAAUUUAAGUUGUUCAGACUUAAAAGAAGCAAAAUAAACAACAUAAUCAUUUUGGUUCAUGUAUGAACCCUAAAUAAACAGCAUAAUGCAGAUUUUAAAUAACUCCCUUAUUGCUGGUUGAUGAUGAUUUUAAAACCAAUGAAUACUUAUAGUGCCAUACCAGAUAUAUGCUUAAUGCUGUGUAUUGUCUUUUGUAAUUUGUCUGCUAAGAUGCCAAAAAUUGCCCCCACUUCUCUAACUCCAGAGAAUAUUAAUAAAACAGUCUACAGUUGUUACUAAAGUUCA